UUCAUCAUUCUGAUGUCACACAUUUUUUUUGGUAUAUAUACAUUAAUACAUAUCAACUAAUAAAAUCAUUCAAAACCCAUUUUAUUUUUGGGAUUUAUAAAUAUUGGGUUGCAUUUAUUUUUACCUAGAUUUUUUCUGAUUGGUUGGUUGCUGGGAGUUAGUGUUUCACAUUUUCUCCACUUCCUCAGCCACCAGUUGACAAAACUCAUUGAAAUCCCAGAAAAAAAUAAAUUAUAUUGGGAUCCUACUUACUGUAUAUUGGUCGUUUUUCUUCUUUCCAAACUGUUCAUUGGAUACUUUUUCACCAAAUUUCAUUUUUUAUUUUUGUAAAGCUCAAAUCUUUACUCAAAAGUUCUUGCAACCCAGAAAUUGCAUUUCCGAGAUAAUUUCUGGGUCUUGAUUAUUUUUCAUUUUAACAUAUCAUGAAAAUUUAUAAUACCAUUUUUAAAUGUUUUUUCUUGCUGUUUUUGAGCUGUUUUUCUGCUGCAAUUGCCAAUCAAAAUAAUGAUAGGAUAACAUGGUUACCAGGUCAACCAGAAAAUACAAAUUUUGCACAAUAUUCUGGUUAUGUAACAGUGGAUAAAUCAGCUGGUAGAACAUUGUUUUACUGGUUGACUGAAUCACCAUCAAAUCCAGAAACUAAACCACUAGUAUUAUGGCUCAAUGGAGGUCCUGGCUGUUCUUCUAUUGCUUAUGGUGCUGCGGAAGAAAUUGGUCCUUUUCAUAUUCAAAGUGAUGGCAAGACCCUUUUCUUGAAUCCAUAUUCUUGGAACAAUGAGGCAAAUCUGCUUUUCCUUGAGUCUCCAGCUGGAGUUGGGUUUUCAUACUCAAACAGAUCAUCUGAUUUGUAUACUGUUGGUGACAGCAGAACAGCUAAAGAUUCCUAUAAGUUUCUUGUUAGAUGGUUCAAUAGGUUCCCACAGUACAAGUACAGAGAAUUCUACAUUGCUGGGGAAAGUUAUGCAGGCCAUUAUGUUCCUCAGUUGUCCCAGCUUAUCUACAGAAGAAACAAAGGAAUUGCAGAACCAUUCAUAAAUUUCAAGGGAUUUAUGGUGGGAAAUGCUGUUACAGAUGAUUAUUAUGACUACAUUGGUACAUUUGAGUACUGGUGGACACAUGGUCUGAUAUCAGAUUCGACCUACAAAACCCUUAGAACUGCAUGUUUGAGUGGAUCAUCUCAACAUCCAUCAAUUAUAUGCAAUACAGCUCUAGAAGCUGCUGAUUCUGAGUUCGGAAACAUCGAUCCAUACAGUAUCUAUACUCGUCCUUGCAAGUCUACAGCAUCGAUGAAGCGCAGCCUUAACGGACGCUAUCCUUGGAUGAGCAGAGCAUAUGAUCCAUGCACUGAGAGGUACUCAACCGAGUACUUCAAUCGUCCUGAUGUUCAACUCGCUCUGCAUGCUAAUUCGACCAAAAUCUCUUAUCCAUGGAGCACUUGCAGUGACAUAGUUGGAAAUUACUGGUCUGAAUCUCCACUUACAAUGCUUCCCAUAUAUCAAGAACUCAUUGCUGCUGGUUUGAGGAUAUGGGUAUAUAGCGGAGACACUGAUGCUGUAGUACCUAUUACUGCAACUCGAUAUUCAAUUGAUGCAUUGAAACUCCCUACUGUGACCAAUUGGUACCCUUGGUAUGAUAAUGGAAGGGUUGGUGGAUGGAGUCAAGUAUACGAAGGUUUAACAUUUGUGACAAUUAAAGGAGCAGGACAUGAAGUACCACUUCAUCGCCCAAGACAAGCUUUUAUUCUUUUCAACCAUUUUUUGAAGAACAAGUCUAUGCCAAGUCAAAGCAUCUAAAUUUCUUAAUUUAUAAACAUAAACCACUAUAGAAUUGCUCAUUUAUUGGGGCACUGAAAAAGAUCAGCAAUAAAAACAAGUUAAUUUUUUGUUCUCUUGCAGCGUCCCCCUUAUUCUUGCUUUAUAACAGGACAAGUUUAGGUCAUAGUUUUACUGAUUAUUUCUCUGAAGGAAAUGUAUCAUAGUCUUCUAUUUUUCUUUUUCUCUUGUAUUAGUGACUGCUCUUUGUAUGAAAAUCUCAUUCAUAUAUAUAUAUUUGCAAUUUUUUUUUA